AUGCCUCGUGGUCAGAAGAGUAAGCUCCGGGCCCGAGAGAAGCGUCAGCAGGCCCGGGCUGAGAUUCAGAAUAUCAUAGGUGCAGUGGACAAUGCUGCUGAGGAUGACCAGCCAUCAUCCACCCCGGCUGCAUUCAAGGACACAGAUUCUAGCUGUCCUAUUGUUGGUGUGUCCGAGCAGCUUGAGGAAGACAAGGGAGCCUGCUUUAUUGAUCUAGAUAUUCCAAGUGCAAGGGCUAUUGUCAGUGCUAAUAGGCAGGAGGAGGAUCAACCAAGAACCUCCCAGGCAGCUCUCUGUAUGGCGAGCAAUCGCAAGGAUCCCCUAAUCAGGAAGACAUGUAUGGUGGUGCAGUUUCUGCUAGAGAAGUAUAAAAUGAAGGAACCUAUUACCAGGAAUGCAUUGCUGAAGAUUGUCAGCAAGAAGUACAAAGAUAACUUCCCUGAAAUCUUAAGGAGAGUCUCUGAGCGCAUGGAGCUGGUGUUUGGCCUGGAGUUAAGAGAAAUGGAGCCCAGUGGCCACUACUAUACUCUUGUUAGCAAGCUUGGCUUCAUGAGUGAUGAAGGGCAUAUGAGUGGUGAUGAGGGCUUGCCUAAGAUGGGGCUUCUGAUGACACUCUUAGGUGUGAUCUUUAUGAAGGGAAACCGAGCAACUGAAGAGGAGAUCUGGGAUUUUCUAAGUAUGCUGGGGAUCUAUGCUGGGAGGAGGCACUUAAUCUUUGGGGAGCCCCGAAAGCUUAUCACCCAGGAUUUUGUUCGAGAAAAGUAUCUCGAAUACCAGUUAGUUCCCCACAGUGAUCCCCCCUUCUAUGAGUUCUCUUGGGGUCCAAGAGCCCAUGCUGAGACCACAAAGAUGAAAGUGUUAGAUAUUCUGGCUAAGAUCAAUGAUACAACCCCUGCUUCCUUCCCUGAUUUAUAUGAGGAGGCUUUGAGAGAUGAGGAAGAGAGAGCUAGAGCCAGAGCUAUAAACAGGGCUGCCUCUGCAGCCAAGGCCAGUGAGCAUUCCAAGGUCAAGUCCAAGAGCCCUUCCAAUAAGUAG